AGAAGGCAGGUCAUCGCAGGCCCCACCCAGCAGUGGAGAGAGUGAGUCCCUGAGGGGGUUGCCAGCGAGCUCCUCCUCCUUCCCCUCCCCACUCUCCCCGAGUCUAGGGCCCACAGGGGCGUAUGACGCCGGAGCCCUCUGACCGCACCUCUGACCACAACAAACCCCUAAGCCACCCGUCUUGUUUGUCCCACCCUUGGUGACGCAGAGCCCCAGCCCAGACCCCGCCCAAAGCACUCAUUUAACUGGUAUUGCGGAGCCACGUGGCUUCUGCUUACUGCAACUCGCUCCGGCUGUUGGGCGUAGCUGCGACUCGGCGGAGUCCCGGCGGCGCGUCCUUGUUCUAACCCGGCGCGCCAUGACCGUCGCGCGGCCGAGGGUGCCCGCGGCGCUGCCCCUUCUCGGGGAACUGCCCCGGCUGCUGCUGCUGGUGCUGUUGUGCCUGCCGGCCGUGUGGGGUGACUGUGGCCUUCCCCCAGAGGUACCUAAUGCCCAGCCAGCUUUGGAAGGCCGUACAAGUUUUCCCGAGGAUACCGUAAUAACGUACAAAUGUGAAGAAAGCUUUGUGAAAAUUCCUGGCGAGAAGGACUCAGUGAUCUGCCUUAAGGGCAGUCAAUGGUCAGAUAUUGAAGAGUUCUGCAAUCGUAGCUGCGAGGUGCCAACCAGGCUAAAUUCUGCAUCCCUCAAACAGCCUUAUAUCACUCAGAAUUAUUUUCCAGUCGGUACUGUUGUGGAAUAUGAGUGCCGUCCAGGUUACAGAAGAGAACCUUCUCUAUCAACAAAACUAACUUGCCUUCAGAAUUUAAAAUGGUCCACAGCAGUCGAAUUUUGUAAAAAGAAAUCAUGCCCUAAUCCGGGAGAAAUACGAAAUGGUCAGAUUGAUGUACCAGAUGGCAUAUUAUUUGGUGCAACCAUCUCCUUCUCAUGUAACACAGGGUACAAAUUAUUUGGCUCGACUUCUAGUUUUUGUCUUAUUUCAGGCAGCUCUGUCCAGUGGAGUGACCCGUUGCCAGAGUGCAGAGAAAUUCAUUGUCCAGCACCACCACAAAUUGACAAUGGAAUAAUUCAAGGGGAACGUGACCAUUAUGGAUAUAGACAGUCUGUAACGUAUGCAUGUAAUAAAGGAUUCACCAUGAUUGGAGAGCACUCUAUUUAUUGUACUGUGAAUAACGAUGAAGGAGAGUGGAGUGGCCCACCACCUGAAUGCAGAGGAAAAUCUCUAACUUCCAAGGUCCCACCAACAGUUCAGAAACCUACCACAGUAAAUGUUCCAACUACAGAAGUCUCACCAACUUCUCAGAAAACCACCACAAAAACCACCACACCAAAUGCUCAAGGUACAGAGACUCCAUCAGUUCUUCAAAAACACACCACAGAAAAUGUUUCAGCUAAAAGAACCCCACCAACUCCUCAGAAACCCACCACAGUAAAUGUCCUAGCUACAAUAGUCACACCAACACCUCAGAAACCCACCACAAUAAAUGUUCCAGCUACAGGAGUCUCAUCAACACCUCAAAGACACACCAUAGUAAAUGUUUCAGCUACAGGAACCCUACCAACUCUUCAGAAACCCACCAGAGCAAAUGAUUCAGCCACCAAAUCCCCAGCAGCAGCUCAGACAUCUUUCAUAUCAAAAACCCUAUCUACAAAGACCCCUUCUGCAGCUCAGAAUCCCAUGAUGACAAAUGCUUCUGCUACACAGGCCACACUAACAGCCCAAAGAUUCACCACAGCAAAAGUUGCAUUUACGCAGAGUCCUCCAGCAGCACGUAAGUCCACUAAUGUACAUUCCCCAGUGACUAAUGGUCUCAAGAGUACACAAAGAUUCCCUUCUGCUCAUAUUACAGCAACACGGAGUACACCUGUUUCCAGGACAACCAAGCAUUUUCAUGAAACAACCCCAAAUAAAGGAAGUGGAACCACUUCAGGUACUACCCGUCUUCUAUCUGAUUCUCGUCCUGUCACCCAGGCUGGUAUGCGGUGGUGUGAUCGUAGCUCACUGCAGUCUCGAACUCCUGGGUUCAAGCGAUCCUUCCACUUCAGCCUCCCAAGUAGCUGGUACUACAGGGCACACGUGUUUCACAUUGACAGGUUUGCUUGGGAUGCUAGUAACCGUGGGCUUGCUGACUUAGCCAAAGAAGAGUUAAGAAGAAAAUACACACAAGUAUACGGACUGUUCCUAGUUUCUUAGACUUAUCUGCAUAUUGGAUAAAAUAAAUGCUAUUGUGCUCUUCA